AUGUCGAAUCCGUCUCAGCUGUUUCUCCUUGCCGAUCAUAUCAAGCUAUCGUUACUGGAACGACAGCGAGCGAUCUCGUUGGAACUAGAGCCGAACUCGCAGGAUGGGGAGAUUUCGCGGUCGCUCGAGUCCUUUCGUGAAGGUAUCGAGUCGGUGGAGUCGGAAUACGCACGCUUGGAGGAGGCAAACCAGAGUGGCGCGGCGGCAGCCUUGAAAGAUCAGUUGGACAGCUUGCAUCUGCAGUAUCGGGAGCUGUCCUCUCAAUUCCACGGCGCCGGAGGGGCCAGCAGCGGUACAGUGCAAACCCCGAACGACCCCUCGCUAGCCUCGGAUUUUGCCAGAGCCAAGAAGGUCUCUCCGGACCUCAAACAGCCUGUUCCACAGCACCCACAGUCAAAAUCCGUGCGGUUCAUGGAUGCGGCGGCCAACGAGGAGGACCCGAACCGCAACAUUCUGUUCCAGCCAUACCGGGACGAGCCCUCGCCGCCACGGUUCGAUGCAACGAAUCUUAGCAACCAGCAGAUCCACGACCACCACUCGCAAAUCCUCCGCGAGCAAGACGAGCAGCUGGAUCGUUUGGGGGAGUCCAUUGGGCGACAACACCAGCUGAGCAUCCAGAUCGGGGAUGAGCUGGAAGGACACGUCGCUCUGCUGGACUCCAUGGACGGCGAUGUCGAACGGCAUGCCACUCGCCUGGAAGGUGCCCGACGCCGGCUGGACAAAAUCCGGAAGAAUGCAGGCGACAAUUGGAGCAUGAUGACGAUCAUCGGACUGAUCGUCAUCCUAGUCAUUCUGAUUGUCAUUUUGAAAUAG